AUGAAUAACAACGAAAUCGUGUUUGUCACUGGUAACGCCAACAAAUUAAAGGAAGUGCAGUCAAUCUUAACGCAGGAUGUUGAUAGUAACGAUAAAACCAUUCAUUUAGUCAACGAAGCAUUAGACCUUGAAGAAUUGCAGGACACCGAUCUGAAAGCGAUUGCGUUAGCCAAGGGUAAGCAAGCUGUUGCCGCCUUGGGAGAGGGUAAACCGGUGUUCGUAGAAGACACUGCAUUAAGCUUUGACGAGUUUAAUGGCUUACCAGGCGCUUACAUCAAAUGGUUUUUAAAGAGUAUGGGAUUGGAUAAGAUUGUUAAAAUGUUGGAACCUUUCGAAAAUAAAAAAGCCGAGGCUGUUACCACCAUUUGCUUUGCGGAUUCCCAGGGUGAAUAUCACUUCUUUCAAGGAAUUACAAAGGGUAGAAUAGUCUCAAGCCGGGGUCCAACCACAUUCGGCUGGGAUUCAAUCUUCGAACCCUUUGAUAGCAAUGGUUUGACAUAUGCGGAAAUGACCAAGGAUGCAAAGAAUGCUAUUUCUCAUCGUGGUAAAGCCUUCGCUCAAUUCAAAGAGUAUUUGUACCAAAACGACUUUUAG